AGCUUUCUCUAACUUUCUCUAAACCUUCUCAUAAUAAACAGAUAUUAUUAUUCUUUGGCCCUCCAGAAAGACAAUGGCAGAAUGCCUUGAGUGUUCCAAAAAACUGUUGCCAUGACCUUUGUUCUUGAACAAUGUGCUUUUGCUUUGUACUACUUCUACCUCUUGGUGGCCAUUGCUUUGAUUGUGUCUUUAGGAUCAUACCGAUAAAGCCAUGUUUUAUCUGUUACAGUUUUUUGAAGAAAUGCUUCAGAAUCUUGAUCCUACUUGUUUAAAAUUUCCAUUAAAUGCCCCGCUUUUGUCAUCAGCUGACCUGGGCCAAAGUAUUGGCACCCAUUGAGUAGAAAGUUUUCUCAACUUUAAUUUUCAGUCAAAAUAGUGUAAGCUGGUGGCGUGCAACAUGGCGCGCCUGCUCCGCGCGCUCUCGCGUCUGCUGCUCCGGGAGGCGCCGCUGGGGGCCGUGCGGGGCCGAGCGGGCGGCUGCGGGCCCGGUGCGGGGCCCGGGCGCGGGGACGCAGGGUCUCCCACAAAGCAGGAGCCGUCUGUCACCAAGAGCGAAUGGCAAAAGAAACUGACCCCAGAGCAGUUCUACGUCACGAGGGAGAAAGGAACAGAACCGCCUUUCAGUGGGAGCUACCUGAGUAACGAGGAGGCAGGCAUGUAUCACUGCGUGUGCUGUGACAGUCCCCUCUUCAGAUUAAACUUAAAAGGCCACAGUGGCAGUGGCUAUUGUAUUAGCACGAUGCUACUUCAAAUUAAGGCAGUUAAGCGACCAAGCCCAGGUGAUGGAGAUUGUCAAACAGCCAAGAUUCAUUACUACGAGACGCGGCCAAUUCUCCAAAAUCCCAUUUACCAGCUGGCCAGUUUACCACACUGCCAAUUCACCAACGUUAUUUGUUUCUUUUUAGCCAUUUAGCUUGAACAGAAAAGUUUCCAUUUUCCCAUCUUAAGGACUUUUGAGUUUGUUUCUGUUCCAUUUUCCUGUUGCUACUAUUGCAGCUAAGAUGUAGAAAUAAAUAUAUUCAUAAGAAUCACUUGUGUUCCAGAAUAUACUCUUAAAGGUGCAUUCAUUUAUGGGACAGGCAGUAUAGGACAGUGAUUAAGGCAGCUUAGAUGUACAUUCUGGCUCCACUGCUGUGUGACAUUGGGCAAGUUUCUUAACCUCUCUGUGCCUUGAUUUCCUCACCUGUAAAAUGAGGAUAACAGUACCUACUUUAUAAGGUUGUUGGGGAAAUUAUCUGACAUGCCUGACUCAUGUCAGUCACUCGAUGCGAGUUGGCCAUAAUGUUUUCUUAGAGACAGAGCUUUCCUAGGGCUGUAUACAUGAACAUAUGUUUGGUGAUGAGGGAGUCUGGAGAAUGUAGAAAGAGAACAUGCAGAUGACUACAUUCCAGAGUGUUCCUCCCAUUCUAGAGGACAGUUUUAGGAAUAUGUUCUUGUUUUGCCUGUCACUUGCCCCCUCUCUGUCUGUAGCCUCUGUGUUAGGAAACAAGAGUCCAGAAAAAUCAUUUCUUAAAUGCUUGUGAAUGAAGUGAAAAGCUGGUCAACCAAAACUAAGUAGUUGAUUGAACAGCAAGUGCCGUUUUUCAUACCACACAAUUUAGGACUUACUUGUUCUCCUACUGGCUCAGACAUUUCAUUUAGUUGAGGAGAUAAACUGAUAAGCCCAAGCUCUCCGUGCAUGGCCUUUCAUCAGACCUCUUAGCAGUUCUCUGAGGUUCUGUGAUUCUUCUCCUUUCCUCAGCGAGGAAACUGACAUGUGGGGAGAUUGGGAACUUGUCCGGGAAUCUGCAGCUCAUCGGUAUCCAAUAAAACAUGAGCCCACAGCUGCCAGACACCAGGGCCCACACUCUGCUAUCCAGGCUCCUGCAAGCCACUUGCACGGUGCGUGGACAAGCCACCGUCUCCAUCUGGUGCCAGGCAUAGGUGCCCCAGAGGACAGACCAGACUCUAAGGCGUGGGCCAGGCCAGUGUAACCCUUGAGCUUCCU